AUGCUUUGCUGUUCAUUAAUAAGAAAUAAAUUACCGUACAAUUGUCCAUCUUCUAAACAAAUACCAGCAAUAUCUGGCAAUAAUAAUAUGUAUUGCACUAAACCUGGUCAAACUUAUGUUUGCCCAGCUGGUGCCACAUGUAGAACAGCUCCUAAUUCGUUAAAUGUUCACAUAUGUUGCUAUGAAAAUCGGAAAGUUACACAAACAAUAACUAGCAAACCGGAUUAUCAACUAGCACAAUCCGGUUUACCAUGCAAUCAAAACGGAAAUCGAUCAGAUGAUUGUUCUAAAGGUUACAUUUGUUUGCAAGCUACCGAUAAUCGAAAUCAAUAUUUAUGCUGUUCCAUUCAAACUAUUCUACAAGCAAUACAAUCAAUUUUUCCAGAACAACAAAAACUUUUAAUGCGUGAUAGUGAUACACCUUAUUAUUGUUUUCUAACGCAAUCAACGUCAACGUUAUGCCUAACAAAUCAUACUUGCAAUAAAGUUGUUAUCAAUGAAUUUGAUAUUUACGUAUGCUGCCGUGAUUUCUUAUCAUUAUCAUCGUUAUCAUCAUCUAUAAUCACUCAAUGUCCAUCUAAUUUUAUGCCAGCUUUAAAUGAAAAUGAUGAAAAAAUUUAUUGCUCACCAAAUAAUCCAUUAACAUGUCCCACUAAUGCUGUUUGCGUGAAAUCCGUAAACAGUACUGACGUAUACUUAUGUUGCUACAAUUUAUCAUCAAAUAGAAUAUGUCCGGAUGAUCAGGUUGCUUUCGAAUUUGCAAACGGACAGGUGGAAGUUUGUGUCGGAGCAGGUGCUUCAUGUAGUCAGAAUGGUUAUACAUGUCAAGUGUCACGUGAAUUAUCUACCUGGAUAUGUUGUGGACAUCCCACUAAGAUGGCUCUUUGUGAAGAUGGAAGAGAAACGUUCUAUCAAAUUGAAGGUCAAACUUAUGCAUGCAAUCCUUUUUCAUAUCCAACUAAUUGUCCUGUAAAUUAUGAAUGUGCAAAAUCGAAUCAUCCAAAUAUAUCGGUGUGUUGUUUAAAAUCAACAACAACAAGUAAAAUUGCAAACUUUAAAAGUACUUUAUCAAUUUCGACAAAAAAAAAGAAAAUGAAAACAACCACGAGAACUACAACUGCAACAACAACAACAACAACAACAACUGCUACAACAAUAACAACAAAAGUAAUAACAGCAUCAAUUUCAACAAAAAUAAUAAAACCAGAAUGUCCAACUUUUUGGCAUCCAUAUGAAGAUUAUCAAACAGGUGAUAAGCAAUUUUGCAAUGGUAUCACUGAUACAAGUUGUCCUUUUGGUUAUUCAUGUACACAUUCCACAUAUCACGGUACCUAUAUUUGUUGUCGUUUUGGAAGUGGUAUACGAUGUGCAAGUGGUACCAAUAUAUUACUUGUAAAUAAUCGACCACGUUUAUGUAGUAUUACAAAUAAACAUAUUUGCCCGUUGGGUUAUUCAUGUCAAGUUACCACGCUGGCAAAUUUUUACAUUUGUUGUGGUAAUAAUAUUCAUACUGAAAAUAAACAAACGAUUAUACCAUUAUCAUCUGUCAGUGAUAUAAGAUGUCAACAUGAUUUAUCAAUUCCUGCUCUUAUCUCUUAUCAUUACAUUCAUUUUUGUUCAACAUUGGGACAUUCUAAUGAAUGUCCUAAAGGCUAUAUUUGUUCCAAAUCAAAUAAACCUAAUUUAAAUGUUUGCUGUCAAUUGAUGAUAACAAAUGCAAAUAAUCAUUUCAGAUCAUUGGCAAUAAAAGUUAAUUCGGUAGAAGCAGUUUGUGGUACAAAUGGAUUUGCAUAUUACAAAGAUGGAAAACCGCUGGAAUGCUCAGAGGAUAUAGAAGAUAAUUGUCCUGAACAUUUUGUCUGUCAACCAUCAUUUACGAAUACAAAAAUGUAUUGUUGCUUUGCUGAAUCACAUUGCUCGUCCGGUAUUACACCAAAUUCCGUCAAAUAUUGUGAACAUUUAACAGAUUGUCAAUUAAAUGAAGAAUGUGAAGAAGUUGACAAUAUAAAUGGAAUACAUAUUUGCUGUCCAAAAGCUAUUCAAGAAGUGACACGUUGCUUAGAUCGUGAAACAUUCCUGAAUGAUGCUAUUCCGGUUUCAUGUUCAUCAACAGCAAUUUGUCCUGAUAAUUAUGAAUGUUCCAAUUUUACUACAACAAAUGAUUUUACAUGUUGUAAGGAAAAGAAAAAAUUAAUACAAAUUUGUCCUGAUAAUCGAAUUCCAUAUCGAAAAUUUACUGAUGAUGGAUUUUUCUAUUGUGGCAAUAACAAUUUUAUAUGUCCAAAAGGUUACUUAUGUAAGCAAUCAUCAUUACUUAAUGGCAGAUUUAUUUGUUGUUCACCAAUAGGUUUUUGUCCAAAAGGAAAAAAAGCGCAAUUAGAUUCGGCUACCAAUCAGGCUAAACGCUGUUUCACGAAUAUCGAUAACAAUACAAUGUACAAUGAUGAUUGUCUCGAAGGUUUUACCUGUCAACAAUCAACCAUGAAGCAUUUACGAGUAUGUUGCAGCAAUAACAAAACUAAUAAAUAUACUCGAGAUUGA